AGUGCGGAUUUCGGGCGGUAUAUUUUAGUAACGAGUCGUGCCAAUCUGGCACUUGUAGACAAGUGUUUAGUCGGAAGAAGUUUGUAUUUCGUUCAUCGACGAUUGUUAUCGGAAGUAUUAAUAAAGGUAUUUAAAUAGAAUAGAUUUAUUAAAAAGGUGAAGAUGGGAAAGCGUCAACAUCAGAAAGAUAAAAUGUACCUAACGUGUACCGAGUGGACUACUUUGUACGGUGGUCACUCCGGUACCGAGAACCGAUCUCAGUUCAGACGACUGCCAUUUUUUCACUGUUCUCUCUCCCUUCAACCUUUCGAGCAUCCAUUCUGUACAACCGAAGGCGUAAUUUACGAUCUUCAAAACAUUCUUCCAUUCCUAAAGAAAUACGGACUGGAUCCCGCAACCGGAAAGAAACUAAAUUCUAAAUCUUUAAUUAAACUUAAUUUUUCCAAGAAUUCCGAUGGAAAAUAUCAUUGUCCGGUUCUCUUUAAAGUUUUUAACGAAAAUUCUCAUAUCGUUGCUAUUAAAACAACCGGAAAUGUCUUUUCUUACGAAGCCGUAGAGCAGCUGAACCUUAAACCGAAAAACUUUAAAGAUCUUUUAACGGAGGAACCGUUCACGCGAGCCGAUAUUAUCACCGUUCAAGAUCCAAAUAAUUUAGAAAAAUUCAAUCUCUCUAAAUUCCACCACUUGAAACAUAAUUUAAAAGUUGUGAAAGAGGAAGAAGAAAAGGCCAAGAAAGAUCCCACCUAUCGUUUGAAUAAUAUGAAUACGGUGACUCGAGAAAUUUUGGAAGAAUUCAACAGAGAGUACAAACCGGCGGAGAAACGAGAAGAAUCAAAGACGAAAGCCAAUAAGUACAACGCCGCUCAUUAUUCCACGGGAGCCGUGGCCGCCAGCUUUACCUCCACCGCCAUGGAACCGGUUACCGAAUUAGAAGCCGCCGUUUUGGAUGCGGACGUCGUUAGAUAUUCCAGGAUUAAAAAGAAGGGUUAUUUACAAUUGCAAACAAAUUUCGGUCCUUUGAAUAUACAAUUACAUUGUGAUAUGGUACCGAAGACUUGCGAGAAUUUUGUGAAGUUAUGUCAGAAGGGCUAUUACGAUAAUACCGUGUUUCAUCGUUCCAUAAAAAAUUUUAUGAUCCAAGGAGGGGACCCAACGGGUACCGGUGCGGGUGGCGAAUCGUAUUGGGGAAAGAAAUUUAAAGACGAAUUUAAACCAAAUUUAGUUCAUCAGGGAAGAGGUGUAGUUAGUAUGGCCAAUACCGGUCCUAACACUAACAAAUCGCAGUUUUUUAUCACGUAUCGUUCGUGCAGACAUCUCGAUAACAAACAUUCCGUAUUUGGACAGGUCGUCGGUGGUCUCGACACACUCGCCAAAUUAGAAUCGAUUUCGACGGACGAAAAGGACAAACCAGUAGAAGAAAUCAAAAUUAUUCGGACAACGGUAUUUGUGGAUCCGUACGAAGAAGUGGAUAAACAGUUAGAAGAAGAAAAACGGGAAGAAGAAAAAACUCUAGAAAAAGAAAAGGAAGAGAAUACAAAAGAAUUACAAGAUAAGCCACUAAUUGCCUAUCGUCAAGGUAUCGGGAAGUAUCUUUCUAAAGCGACAAUUGGUCCAAUUAUUCCGUCCGAGAAAACGACCGAACCUCCGCAAAAAAAGAAAAAAGAAAUUUCGGGAGGAUUUGGCGAUUUUAGUUCUUGGUGAAUUAUAAAAUAAAAAUUUAUAUUUAUAGUGAUUAACUAUAAAUUUGUAAACUCUCGGUAUUUGUUUUUCUUGUGUACAAAACAUAAAAUGAAAUGAAUUAAUCAAACUUUCAUUAAACCUUUAAUAGAGCAUGUAUAAAUUUAGAAAAAAUAUUUUAAUCUGGAAUUAUUUCAAUUGCAUAUUUAACUAUUACAUCAAUGUGUAUAUUUUAGUAUGUACUGUACAUAUAUUGUAUACAAAAUAGUAUGUUAAGAAUAUAAAAGGAUUCAAGGUGUAA